UAUGUUCUUAUUUAUAAAUAGAAGAUUAUGGAGAUUUGCUACUCAAAAGUAUUCAUGAUAGUUUAUCAAGAAUAUAUAAGGAUUCCACUAAAUUAUCUUAAGAAGAAAUAUCGAAAAUACUAUUUAAAGAUGAGGAGCCUUUUACAAACAAUGUUAAUUAGAAUCUAGAUAAUCAAGUUACUAUUGACACUUUGUAUGAAAAAUCCAAUAUCAAUGAACUAUUGGAUAUUAUACAAAAAAAGGCCUAAUAAGAAAUUACUCCGAAAGAAGAACCGAAACCACCUACGAGAUAAGAUUUACCAUAAAAAUAUGGUUUACCUAUAAAAAAUGUGGGUUUAGAUCUCACAGUUGAGAAAGUGGAGUAAUGAAUUUAAGUCAAUAUUAAUUUGCAGACCUCCUAAGACAGUGACAAUGAAGAUGUUUGAAAUUCUUAAAUUAAAUGAACAUACUUCUUAUUAAGAAUAUGAAAAUGCUAUUUAACAAUUUAAAGAAGGCUUGUAUGGAAAUGCAGUCAGACCUUUUUAUGAAGUUAGAAAUGAAAUGAAAGAAACAUUAAAAGAGGAUGCUAUACCCUAUGCUUUACUGAAUAAUAAUAAAUAUAUGGAAGAAAUAAGAGAGAAUAGGGCACUUAAUAUAUCUAUACCUGGUACAAUAGAAACUGAGCAUGCACAUAGAUUCUUGAAACUUAGACCUGUAGAAGAAUUUAGACAUACUCCUUUAAUCCCUAUAUCUGAUAGAUAAAUGAGAGAAUAUUAAGAAAAGGUAGAAGCUUAUCAUAGAAAAGGAGUCUAUUUAGAAGUUUCAAGAGAAUAACUUUAUUUUGCUUCAUUUGUUGCAGGAAUUUUGUAUAUUAUGUUUAGAAUGUUUCAAUGGGUUCUAAAGAAGGAAGAAGAAUCAGGCUUACAAUUUUAGAGACUCAAAUUAAGAAGAAUGGGAAUGGCUUAUGAGGUUGUUUGA